AUGCCUACAAUGCCAACCAUCGAAAUACCAGACAACGACCACGACGUGUCUCCUGUCUCGUCGCCGUCUCUUUCGCGUGUCAACAGUCGACACAGCGCUGUUUCNAUCUCUGGACAUUUCUCCCGUUUCUUCUCCCGUUUUCUCCCCACCCAAUUGUCGAGCUCUGGCCAUGGAGCUGCGACUUCAGAUACGGCAACAACCAACUCCUACGACCAUUCUUUCACCGAUGCGGAUGACUGGUUUGGCCGUUUCCGUGAUGAUCUAGACAUCUCUGAUGAAUGUCCUGAUCGCGGACAACUCGCUGUCGCUGGACAGGUUCCUGUGUACGAUGCCAACGGAAACUCGCGACUUUUCAGCACCUUCUUCACAGGUCUGGACGCUAUUGGCGACAGACAAUUCAUCAUCUUUGUGCGACACUUUUAUUGCGGCGCUUACUACACCAUGGCCGUUCCCACAAACAUCAUCGUCGUUGGCUGCGGCUCACCAUCCAUGAUCCCAUUCUACAAACAAGCCACUGGCUGCCCUUUCCCCAUCUUUGCCGAACCUUCGCGCAAGCUCUACAAGGCAUUGGGCAUGACACUCACCCUGAACCUCGCCGGACCUAAGAGACCGAAGUACAUGAAAGACGUCCCUUUCCACAAAUGGCAGCUCGAGCAAUGGACAACAAUGGCAAAGCCACCGAAAGGCAACUCGCGCUUCAAGGGCGGCAACUUGCUCCAGAUUGGCGGUGAAUUCUUGUUCCAAGAUGGCCAGGUCGUCUGGUGUCACCGUAUGAAGAACAUGCGCGGCCAUGCCGAAGUCGAUGUUGUCAAGCGCGUCCUGGAGUUGGAGGACUAA